UCUCUUCAGCUGUUUGGCGCUUUGGUCCUGGCUAUCGGGAUAUAUGCUGAAGUAGAGAGGCAGAAGUACAAAACACUCCAUGGCGCCUUCUUGGCUCCAGCCAUCAUCCUCAUCCUCCUGGGAGUGGUCAUGUUUGUGGUGUCCUUCAUUGGAGUCCUGGCCUCUUUGCGGGACAACCUGUGCCUUCUUCAGGUGUUCAUGUACACAUUGGGGGUCUGCCUUCUCCUGGAGCUCACUGGCGGGAUCGUUGCCCUGAUAUUUAGAAACCAGACCAUGGAUUUCCUGAACAGCAAUAUUCGUCGUGGAAUACGGAAUUACUACGACGACCUUGACUUCAAAAAUAUCAUGGACUUUGUGCAGAAGCAGUUCAAAUGCUGUGGAGGAGAGGAGUACAUGGACUGGGAGAAGAACGAGUAUCACUCUUGUAUAGCUCCAGGGCCUCUUGCGUGUGGUGUCCCCUACACAUGCUGCAUCACUAACAAGACAACCACUGUGAUGAACACACUGUGUGGAUACCAAGCCAUGAAGUAUAAUAGACAGCAAGCACAGAGUAUCAUCCACCCCAGGGGCUGUACAAAUGCAGUCAUUAUGUGGUUUUUGGACAAUUACACUAUUAUGGCUGGGAUACUUCUAGGAAUUCUUCUUCCACAGUUCCUUGGAGUUCUUCUCUCCCUCCUCUACAUCAGCCGUGUAGAAGACAUCAUAAGUGAAUGGAACAGUUCAGCUGAUGUCCUUCUGGAGAAGCCUGAAAUUGAGUUUGUCUCUAAAGGCUGUUGCAGGUGUUAUCCAGGAAAGGAGUCUGAUGUCUGA